AAGUUUAGCAUGUUUAUACUUAUACAUAUACUCGUGUUUAUACUCAUAUUUAUACUUCUUGUAUACUUUUUGUGUCUGAGGAAAACCACCAUAAAGACAAAACAGUACACGCAUAGACACACGCACACACAGGCACACGCACGCACACACACACACACACACACACACACACACACACACACACACACACACACACACACACACACACACACACACACACACACACACACACACACACACACACACACACACAGUAAAUGGGUUGCCAGUUUGGGUCAGGGCCUCCUCUCUGACUGGAGGAAGAGGAAGAAGAAGAAGAAGAAGACUUCCACCAUUACUGCUCUUCGCUAAUCAGUCUGAUGAGUCCUCUUCCUCCAUGUAAAAACACCCGAUGCUGGCGGUUAGUGUCAGAACGGAACGGAGGUGUGUGUUCCUCCUCCUCUUCCUCCUCUUCCUCCUCCUCCUCCACGGUGCGCGGCUACUUCCUGGUGCCACAGCGAGAGGCAGUGCUGAGUUAAAGCGACAGAAACACCGAUAGAACAAAAAAAAAAUACGGAGCUGCCGAAGAGAAGCGAGGGGCCGGAGACGCGACGGGAGCAGUUGACCGGAUUCCCGCAGAACCCGAAGAACCCCCCCCCUCCCGCCCUCUCUCGCUCGUCCCCUCGUCGUGUGUCCGCGUGUGCUUCACCCUCCGGGGGGCCGUUUCUCUCCGCGGAACCGAGGCGUCCUGUCCCCGGCGGUGAGCAGGCUAGCGGGCGGUGUGGAUGACGGUUGGCUGCGGCUGAAGCGGACUUGUAGCGGGGGGAACGUCUUCCUCCCUCCGACGGAGGAGAAGCCUCGCAGAGAUUUUCCUUCCUCUCUCUCUCCCCCCCCUCCCCACCCCCCUCCCUUUUUUUUAUAUAUAUAUUUUAUUUUAUUUUUUUAACCAUAGUCUCCCUCCCGUGUCGCCGCCGAGCCUCCCCCCUCACCCCCCCCUUCUCCCGACAUCAGCCCUGGUGUUAUUUUUUUCUACGUACAUACGUUGUUAUUUUAUUUUUUUGGCGUGUGUGUGCGCGUGUGUGUUUUUUUUUUUGUUGUUUUUUGUUGUUAUUUUUUAUUUUUUACGAUUCCACAAGGAAAAGGGGGGCUAGGGCGACGGAAGAUGGGUUGUUUGGGCAACAGCAAGACUGAAGAUCAACGCAUCGACGAAAAGGCUCAACGAGAGGCGAAUAAGAAGAUCGAGAAGCAGCUGCAGAAGGAGAGACAAGCGUACAAAGCCACACACAGGCUGCUGCUGCUGGGUGCGGGAGAGUCCGGAAAAAGCACCAUUGUGAAGCAGAUGAGGAUCCUACACGUCAACGGCUUCAACGCGGAAGAAAAGAAACAGAAAAUCCAAGAUAUUCGGAAAAACGUGAAGGAUGCCAUAGUGACUAUAGUGUCUGCGAUGAGCACUUUAAUACCCCCUGUCCCGCUAGCCAACCCAGAGGACCAAUUCAGAAUCGAAUACAUCAAAAGCAUAGCACCUCUCUCUGACUUUGACUAUUCACAGGAGUUCUUUGAUCAUGCAAAGAAGCUGUGGGAUGACGAAGGAGUGAAGGCCUGCUUUGAGAGGUCCAAUGAGUACCAGCUCAUCGACUGCGCACAAUAUUUCCUGGACAGAAUCGACUCUGUAAGACAGAGCGACUACACACCAACGGACCAGGACCUGUUACGCUGCAGAGUGUUAACUUCAGGGAUUUUUGAAACGAGGUUCCAAGUAGACAAAGUGAACUUUCACAUGUUCGAUGUUGGGGGCCAGAGAGAUGAGAGGAGGAAAUGGAUCCAGUGCUUUAACGACGUCACUGCUAUCAUCUUCGUGGUGGCCAGCAGCAGCUACAACAUGGUAAUAAGGGAAGACAAUAACACCAACAGGCUACGGGAAGCCCUGGAUCUCUUCCGCAGUAUUUGGAACAACAGAUGGUUACGCACUAUAUCGGUCAUAUUAUUCCUGAACAAGCAGGACAUGCUGGCUGAGAAAGUAUUAGCUGGAAAAUCCAAAAUUGAAGACUACUUCCCUGAAUAUGCUCGCUACACCAUACCAAAUGAAGCAACUCCUGAACCUGGUGAGGACCCGAGAGUGACGAGAGCAAAGUUCUUCAUCCGAGACGAGUUUCUUCGGAUCAGCACUGCGAGCGGUGAUGGCAGACACUACUGCUACCCCCACUUCACCUGUGCCGUGGACACAGAGAACAUCCGGCGGGUGUUCAACGACUGCCGGGACAUCAUCCAGAGAAUGCACCUGCGGCAGUACGAACUCUUGUGAUGGGAGACCGCCUCCGUCAGCCUUCUGUGUUUUUCUCCACCAUUGUGCAUCCUUGACGAAUCUUUCCUCCUGCUCCUCCUGCUCCUGCUCCUCCUCCUCCUCCUCCUCCUCACCCUGAACCUUCACCCUUCCUCCACCCCCAAAGAAACCCUCAACACCCCCCCUGACCACCCCUCUUGUCGAGGACUAUGAAGUACUACUGAAGUGUGUCAAAUACUCUUCCUCUUCUUAACUUCUUAGCUUUUUGUACUUCUUCUUUUUUUUGGUUUUGUUUUUCUCUGGGACUGAUUUAUCCCCAUUUCACCGAUGUAAAAGGAAGGUUGGGGAACAAAGUUGUUGUGUGCCGCUUCUUUUUCUUUCUUUUUCUUUUACUUGUUCCUUUUUAAAUGCCUUGAUUUUUUUGUCAUUCCACUAAGCCUUGGGCUACCUCCUUUUUUUUUGUUGUUUCUUUCUCCCCCCCUUUGUGUUCUUCUGUUUUUUUUUGGCUUUGUCAUUGAACCUGGACUGGUGGGUGUGGAAACAUAAAACACACCUACAGGACCUCAGUGUAGAGGCAGUGUGUAUGUGUGUGUUAAUGUGUGUGUGUGUGUGAUGAAGAGGAGGAGGAAUGCCAUGUGAGUGAGUGCAUGUACGUGUGUUUAUGUUCGUGUGUCACCUGCUGGAUAAAGCCGGCAUCACCACCAUGACCUUUGCCCCCCUUUAAUUUUUUUAAUUUCUUUUACCCCGUCGGCCCCUCCGACCUGCGUCUUCUCUCCGCGUGGAAGUCGACUGGACGCCGGCGAACCCGGAGCGGACGAGGGGAGGGCGGCGGGCGCAGAGUGGAUGAAGAGAUAAAUGCACUUUGCAUCAGGUUCCUUAAUAACUUUUUGUUUUUGUUUUUGUUGUUGUUGUUUUUUCUCCAGAGGAAGCAUACACACAAUGUAGCAUCACAAUAUUUAUUACCCUGUCACGAUGUUAGCUUGCCGAGCUGCAGGGUGGACCGAGCGGCCGAGAGACACGUGGAGCGAGAGAUUAAUACGACAGAGAUAUACGACAGCGGCGACGCAACGAAGGAUUUCAAUGAAGGAAAAGGGGACUGAGCUCUGUGCACCUUAGCCCUGCUGCCUCCACGGACUCGGACCUGCCUCCUUUUUCCACACAAACCAUCCUUUUAGCGUAGAGAUACUGAUGGGA